UUAGUUGGCGGGUCCUGUUGAAGAGAAGUGACUGCCCGGGUAGUUAUACUGAACAGAUAAUGGAGUCCGAAAUCUCCACCGAGGAUACAGCUAAACUGCAAAAACAAAGUGAUCAAGAAAUUGAGUUUGUCUGUGAAGAACCUUUGAGACCUGUUUUGGAAUUUGUUAGCUUGAUUAGUAGUGAUGACGAUGAGGAGGAUUCAUAUAUUUGUAGAAAAGUCAAGGACCAUAUUGACCGUCAAAAAGACAGAGUGGCAUCAACUCUUGAUCGCCUGGCACGUCACGUUGAGGUUGAAAAGCAACAAAAGGAGGAAAAAAACAAAGCAUUCCAGGAGAAGGUACACUUCCAGCAUGCUCACGGUUUACAAGAGCUGCAGUGUAUUAAGGAAAAUACUAAUACAGAUGCGGCAAGGAUUUGUGUGAACCAGUGGUUAAAAAUGCCAGGUCUCAAGCCUGGAGUGGUUAAUUCAAGCCGUAGAAUCGCACACCAACCAGAUCAGCAAAGAAGUAUGAACAGCAAGUCCAUUGUUUGCCCCAUAAUGAACUGCAAUAGAAAAUUUGACAAUGGCCACUUGUUAUUAGGUCACCUGAAAAGGUUUGAUCAUUCACCGUGCGAUCCAACUAUUGCUCUUCAUGGAACACCUUUUAACUCCUUUUCCUGUGUGAUAUGUCUUGGGAGAUUUGCAACCAUAAAGGAUUAUAAAGACCACAUGUCUGCAAAAGCAAAACUAUUGGACGGCCAUGAAAGACACGUACCACCACAGGUUAUCCAGUGCUUUGCUUGUCCCAGUUGCUAUCUGCUUUUCACAUUGAGGGAUGAAUGUCUACAGCACAUGUCUGGACGGAACCAUUUUCAGCAGGCUAUCCAACUGGGAGAUGAAAAUGGAACACAGUGUCCAAUACCGUUUCCAGCCUAUGCAAAAAACGUUCUAAUUGCCUUGUGUAAGGAAGUCCCAUUUCAGAUCUUUUGCACCUCCUGUCGUCAUGAACUGGGCUCUCACCUGGAACUCACUGCUCACUUCAGAACUCGUUGUCGCAACGCUGGUCCCACAUCUCGGUCAGAAAAAACCAUAGCUAGAGUUGCAGAGAUAUUUCGGAUAAAAGCUUUAUGUUUUUCAUGUAAAAAAGUUUUCAAGAAUGACAGUGAUAUUGCUAAGCAUAAACAGCAGACUAAUCACAAAGUGAGAUUGAGUAAAUCCAUGGAAGAAUCCAUUAUGGCAUUUUGUUUUAUCAACGAAGGAAGAAAAACUCCUUCAGAUUUUUCCUUGUCUGCAGCAAAUGCACGAUUAAAACCUUGUAUGCUUAAAAGGACCUUAAAUGAUUUUGAUCAACCAAAUGUUAUGAAAUGCAAAAAAGAACUUGAAAAUACAGCCGUUACUGGUAUUCCUGGAAAAAAAGCCAACAACUCUGAAAUUAUGGUAACAUCUUGGUUCUGUGAAUGUUGUCUGAAAUUUUCAACUGAGGCCACUGCAGAAAAUCACAUUUUGAAAGCAAAUCGGAUCUUUUAUAAAUGCAAAGUCUGCAACAAGCUUGCUGAGGAUUUGAGCAUCAUUCAUUUGCACAUGAGUCGCUUCCAUGGGGGAGCUCAUUUGAAUAAUUUUGGAUUCUGGUGCCGAGCUUGUUCUGUGGAGCAGCCUAGAAUGGAGUUGAUGAUGGCACAUGUAUCUGAAAAUCAUGGUGGUCAUUCAUAUUAUUAUGAGAAAGAAACUGUAGAAGAGCAGCCCGCCUCAUCCACAUCUGCUGUAGGGCAAACUAAAUCAAAACUAUCAAACCCUGAAACUCCUACAGAAUCUACACUUGCUAAAGGUGAAUGGCAAUGUCACAUUUGUGAAGAGAUGUUUGAUUCUGAAGAUAGUGUUAAGCAACACUGCAAAUCCUUAAACACCCAUCAGUUCUACAAAUAUAGCUGCACAAUAUGCAAGAAACGUUUCCACAAAAUAGAGACUUUAUUCCGCCACAGUCAGCAUCAACACGAUGGGGAUAUAAAGAUGGAGUAUUUUUGUGGACUUUGUGAGGAUCUGAACUUUGAGCAGGAGAUACAUUUUCUUGAGCACUAUGAGAAGUUCCACAGUAUGGACUAUAUGUUUGUUCCAGAGCAAGCUGAAUCGCCUAUUAAAAAUCAGCAAGAGUCUUCAUCAUCAAGCACUGUUGCAAAUGAGGACCGCCUGACAUGUGGUUGUCUAGAACAUUAUGUCAACAAGAGAGACAGAAAGGAAGAUGGUAGCCAGUGCUUGGCCAACCUUUUGCAGAAGGGGAAACUGUGGUAUAGUUGUGGCCUUUGUUCAGUUACAGGACAGUCUUUUGAAAACGUUAAAAAUCAUCUUUGCAAGGAAAACAAGCCGCCUCAAAGCACGGACAUUGUUGUAAAAUGUAGCACUUGUACCAAAAUAUUCAGUGAUGCAGAUAGUGCCCAACGACACUUUCAUGAUAAGCAUUGCUUUCUACAAAAGCCUAAUAUUAAAGAUUAUUUUGGGUCUACAGAGGAAAGUGAGAUUUUUAGGUUUACUGCAAGUGUAGCAUGUGCAGAAUCGAAACCAUUAAAAGCUGCAAAGAAAUCCAUGUUUGAAGAAUCACAUUUUACAAAUGUUCAUAUUAAGACGGAGUCGCUUCCAUUUUCUACAGAGACACAAAUGAAGAGUGACAAUAUGGAAACUGAAGAUAUGGAUACAGGGGCACAGGAGAACGAGCUGCCUGAUUUGGACUAUCUCCGUACGAUGACUCAUGUAGUGUUUAUAGAUUUGGACAACUGGGCAAAUUUCUUCACUCAUCUACCAGGUUACUUAAACCAAGGAACAUUUAUAUGGGGUUUCAAAGGAGGAAAGACCAAUUGGAAACCCCCAAAUAACUGCAAAGUGUUUAAUUACCUUUCCAAGAUUGGGUCAUUCUUCCUUCACCCUCAUUGUACUGAUAGGAAAGAUGCUGCUGACUUUGCCAUUUGCAUACACGCAGGUCGUCUUGAUGAACAAUUGCCAAAACACAUCCCUUUCACUGUUCUCUCAGGAGAUAAAGGCUUUUUAGAGCUGGAGAACCAGUUUAAGAAAACCCAGCGGCCUGCUCACAUUCUCAACCCUCAUCAUUUAGAAGGAGAGAUGAUGUGUGCUUUGCUGAACAGCAUAUCUGAUACAACAAAAGAUACUGAUGACAACAGUAUGGAAAUAGACGAGGAUGAAGAUGCAGUUCUAGAAGAGGCCAUCAAAAGAAGUCUAAUAGAAAAGUAAACUAUGAGGAACUAUGCUGAAAUUAAAUUCUUAAAACGCUUCAGUGAAUUUAAGUAAUUUAAAAUAUAUUCUGUAUGUUUUGUGAUGUUUCCAAAUCAUUCUAUUUGCAUGACAGAUUCUCAGUUUAAAUUAGUAUUAAAUAUGAUAAAAGCAGAAUGUAAUAUCUCUUUUAGAUCUGUAAAGAAAAAUAUAUAUUUUACAAUUGCUUUAUCAAACAAACAUAUCAAACAAGUAUCAUCUUUAUUGACUUAUUGCUGUUCUCACACCAGUAAAAGGAAUGUUCUCAGUUAAUCCCUCAUGAAAUAAAAGCAAGUUCUGGAUUCUCUUGUGUGUAAUGAAAUGCUAUUCUAUAAUAUGCAUCUAGUAUAAAGAUAACCGUGUUUAAAGGAUUACACCCCUCAGUUGGAAUUGAGCAUUUCUAUAUCGCUUUGUACAGAUCUAUUAUUCACCAUCUACUUGGUUUUUUUUUUGGUUUUUUUUUGCGGCCCGUAAAGAUAUUACUUAAGCAAUUUUUUAUUUAUUUUUAUCUGAUCCUUUUUUUUUUUUUUUUUUUUUUUAUUAAAGGGAUUUGUUUACAUUUCAGCAUGAUGUUAAGACUCCUUUUGCUUUACUAAGUUUGUAUAAAAUUCUCUGUUUUUUAUAUUUGUUGAUUAUACAUGUGCAUGCUGAAUAAGGAAGGCGGCCGCUCGCUGCAUCAGUCUCUUUUAGAGUCAGAUUUCUUCUUGUGAAAGGGCAGCACACUAAGAUCUGUAUUUGCACAGAUCGUAGCAUGUUGCACUUUCACAUAAUAAAUUUGGCUCCAAAAAAAUAAAUUUGGCCACAAGCAGCCGCUGCCGCCUUCCUCAUUCAGCAGUGAACAAAACUGCAGAUUAUGCAACUAUUGUGGAUCCUUGUCAAUAAUAACUGUUAUAAUAAUAAUUAAAAAAAAACACCUCUACCAUUGUGUCAAAUUGAAAGAACUAGAUUUUCUUUCGUUCUUUUUUUUUUCUUCUUUCUUUAAUGUAAGUUGUAAUUUUUUAUUUGUGUUUCUGAAAACUUUCUGUUUAUCUGGUCUGAUAUUUUAUAUGUUUCACUUCAAAAGCCCUUAUUUGGGUGAUUCCUGGGGACCCUCUACAAGUUUAAAAUUGAUUUUAAUGUGGGUCAUUCACUGAAAAUUAGAAUACUUUUUUUAUGAUUUGAUUUAUAUUUUAGAUGUGUGUUUCUUUUGUACAUAUUAGAAUUUAUGUUCUGAAUGAAUAAAUAUUUUCAAGUAAUUUA